GCAGUAGAACAGACAGAAAGCUGCUGCAGCAACGUCCACUCUGCAUCACCAGACAGACACGCUCCACCAUUUUUAAAGACCAAGAAGAAGAAGAAGGAGGAGAAGAAGAAGGAGGAGGAGAAGAAGAAGAAGAAGGAGGAGAAGAAGAAGAAGAAGGAGGAGAAGAAGAGGCUCCGUCUCUUGUGUGUUUCUUCCUCCGACUCAAACCUCUGAGUCUGAGUCUCCUGCAGCAGAGAAACCACCAUGAGCAGGAAGCUCCCUGAGGACUAGGACCAGAGAGCACCCCCUGCCUUCAGCUUUUCUUCUUCUUCGUCACCUCUUCGUCUUCACCGCCUCAUGGCCACUGGUCCCAGCAGCAGCAUGGAGGAGUCCCAGCAGCCAAACCAGCCAAUCAGCACGCAGCACGAAGGGGCGGUCCACCACGCCGCCGCCGUGAUCUCUCAACCUACCGGCGGAGCCAAGCGCCAAGCCCCGCCCCCGAUGGCAGACGGUCCUGAUGACAUGGAUCACCUGACAGUGAUCAGCGACAACAUGGAGAACAGUAAUGGCGUCGGUCCCGUGGCGGCGGACUCGUCUCCCACAGUGUCCUCCAUGUCGCCAAAGUUUCACGCUCAUCCCGGCGGCCACGCUAACGGACGGCCUGGUUUGGGCAGCCGGUCCGGCUCGUUGGCGGCGGGCUCCCCGAGGCCAUCCCUCACCCGCCGGCCCAGUGCCAUGCCGGAGGCCACUGGGGACGGAUCCAAGCCGAGGGACUACCUGAUUCUGGCCAUCCUGUCCUGCUUCUGCCCACUGUGGCCCAUCAACAUCGUGGCCCUCACCUUCUCUGUGAUGUCCCGAAACAGUCUGCAGCAGGGCAACGUGGAUGGCGCUCGCCGUUUGGGCCGCAACGCCAUGAUUCUGUCCAUCGUCGCCAUCUUGGGAGGUCUCGCCAUCAUCGCUGCAGGCAUCGCCCUCAACUGGGGAUUGAUUUUGAAAUCCUGAUUAAAGACGCUGCCGCCGACCUCCCGACCGACCGACCCGACGCCGACCUCCUGAAGCACCACUUGGUUCUCAAGCGCCCGCACCGGAUACAAAACCCCCACAAAAAAACAAAAUGUCGUCCCGUCCUUCGCUGUUUGUUUGUAGCUCCGAUCCGGAUACUGAGAUCACACAUCUCAUUUCACUGUGGUCUCAUCUCCUCAUCCGGCCACUUCCUCCAGAUGGUCCAUGGUGGAGCGACCUGUUUCCACUGGGGAUGCCAAAUAGUGAGAACCUUGUUGAACUGAAUCCGAUAGCUGAACCCGAACGUGGAGACUUGAAGCUGCUGGAACACCGGACGGAUAUGGAAAAGGCUGCUGAUAUUUACGUAUGAUAUUUCAUACGUGUGCAGACUCAAACCAACGUACAUCUUUAAAAACACAGAUAUAGUUUCACUUUGUAGUUUUGAAUCAAACAAACAUUUGUUGACAGAAUCAACGGCAUUGUGUCUGUUUAUGACGAUGAAGCAACAACGGGAGCGCUCGUGGAUUUAUUUGAUAUAUUUGACAAAUUAUUUAAAUGUUUCACUCAUUAAUACGAUUUUUUGGAGGAUGUUUAUCAAAUUUUAGAUACUUUUCUCUACAUAUAUUUACUUGUUAAAAUAUAUAUAAUUAUUAAUAAAAUAUUUGAUAAAUUGUGUAAAAUAUCCGAUAAAUGCCAAA